AUGGCGGAGCCGAUACACAUCCGGCUCAGCACUGCUCAGAUUUACCGAAGACUCACCAUCUGCGCAUGUGCGCCGAACGUGAUGCCAUGCCUGACGCAUGACCAGCGUGGCGACGUUGAAUACGGGUCCGUUGAUUCCAUUCUGCUCUCUGACGAGCAAUCCUUUCGUCGAGGUGGUGUACUGGAGAAAAUCGGGAAGCCUGUCACUGCAGUAGAUUGCGGCCUCGUCCAGAUUGUGUCGAUCUCGGCAGCUCGUAGGCUCGUACAUUCACUCGCUGGCGGUGGGCGCUCUGCAACUAGCGAGCAGGGCGAUGAGGACGAGGAGGAGCGGCAGAGCGGCGGCGGUGUAGAGGUAGUGGUUGGCGCAGAUCACACCAGAUCAGCCAACAGUGCAGCCGUGAGGUCGUCAGUGGUCAGUCAUCAGUCGUCGACCUCCCCACGUUUGUUUGCUCGGCUGGCUCUGACGGGGCGGGGCGGGGCGGGGCGCGGCGGGGACGAUACAACGCCUGGAUCUCUGAAUCGCUGGAUCACACCUCAGCGUGACUUUGACCGAAGGAUGUACUGGGCUAAGGUCCUGGCGUGUGACGUUCAUCAGCGACUAUUCUUGGUGCCUCAUCAGCAGGAGGUCCUUCUGAAACGCCUGGAAGCCAGUAGUAGUAGUGUGGUGUGGACAGCGUUCUCUGCUACUCUACAGGGUCAGGUACCCAUCCCUGCCGCAGUAACACACCAGGGUCAUGGGACACAGAAAUUCGAAGCUGUUGAUCACGCCUUGUGUCUCAUCAAGCAACGCCAAUACCAUACUGUUGUAUGUCCAUCGCCAUACGCCUAA